UCACUGAGGGGAGUUUGCGGUGCAGAAAACACAUCCUUUGUACACAACGAACUUUCGUUUAAUCUCAGAGUUUGGUGCAUUUUAACAUAUUUAGUAUUCAGCGAUCUGAUUCGUAGUCGCGUUUCAAAUAACGCAAACAAGCCUCGGACUGCCCACACGUAAUGACGCCCUGGCUGAGAUGUAGCCACUAGCUAAACUAGCUUCCUGCACAGCUGAAAGUCAGCAUCAUCGCCACUCCUCCCAGUAGGAAGGGCGCAUCCCGGAUAGCUAGCUGGCUAGCUGUUACUCAAGAUAACCAUGGCAGUUAACCUCAGCAAAAAUGGCCCUGCAUUAACAGCUGCAUAUAAAGAAGUGGUAGACGAAAAGUCCAACACUAACUGGGCCUUGUUUACCUACGAGGGAAACAGUAAUGAUAUCCGCUUGGCAGAAAAGGGAGAUGGAGGACUGGAGGAGCUGGUUGAGGAACUGAACAGUGGGAAAGUGAUGUAUGCUUUCUGCCGGGUUCAGGAUCCAAACUCUGGCCUCCCUAAAUAUGUCCUCAUCAACUGGACUGGAGAGGGAGUGAAGGACGCCCGGAAAGGAAUAUGUGCAAAUCAUGUUAGCUCCAUGGCAAAUUUUCUGAAGGGGGCCCACGUCACUAUUAACGCCAGAGCAGAGGAGGAUGUGGAACCUGAGGCAAUCAUGCAAAAAGUGGCCAAAGCCUCCGGAGCCAACUACAGUUUCCACAAAGAAGCUCCCAGCCGCUUCCAGGACAGCGGUCCUCAGGGUCCUGUGGGCUCAGUGUACCAGAAGACCAAUGCUAUGUCAGAAAUCCGAAAGACCAAUAAAGACAACUUCUGGGCACAGGCAGAGAAAGAAGAGGAGAGACGUCGCCAAGAGGAGCGACGCAAGGCAGAUGAGGAGCGCCAGCAGCUGGAGAGAGAGAGGAAAGACAGAGAGGCCAAGGAGGCAGCACAGAGGGACAAAAGGGACAAGGAGAGGGCCAAUCAAAUCGAUGAACAAAAGAAGUACCAGCAGCAGCAGGACGCUGCGACUAAAGAGCAGGAGAAGCUAAAUCGGGAGGAGCAGGAGGAGAACCAGGCAGCCCAGAGGAAAGCAGUCAAGCGAGGUGAAUCUGUGGAAAAGGCCAACGAGGCGGCUUCUCUCAUCUCUCAGCGUGCUGUAAACCCCAGAGAGAUGUUUAAGCAGAGAGAGAGGGGAAUAACUCCCAGCGACUCGGACGUCCCUGCCGCUGCCCCUGCUAGCCCACAGCCAGGGCGUCUGCAAAGCCCUUUUCUGUCUAAGCAAGUGUAUGAAACUGAGCGAGCCAGCUCACCUCAGCGCCAAGCUUCUCCUGUGCCCGCAGGCUCCGCCUCUCCUGUCCGCGCCACAGAGCCAGAUGUGGAUGAUGGACAGUCCAGGUGUGAGUAUGAUGAGCAGGAGGCGGCCCCCCAGGAACAGUGGAAAGAGGAGGAACCAGCUGCCAACUCCUACGUCCAGGAGCCAGCUUAUGAAGAGCCAGCUCAGGUGGAGGAGAAUAACUCUUAUGAUGUGACCGCUGAGGAGACGUCAGACAGAGGCACCUGUGCCAGGGCCUUGUAUGACUACCAGGCUGCUGACGACACAGAGAUCUCAUUCGACCCCGACAACAUCAUCACCGGGAUCGAGAUGAUAGAUGAGGGCUGGUGGCGAGGCUAUGGCCCAGACGGUCAUUUCGGAAUGUUCCCAGCCAAUUACGUUGAGCUCAUCUAGCCCGGCACUUCUUCCCCGAGAUCACCACACUGGCAGCCACAGAGGACCUCUGCAAGUAAAACACACGGCGCAGUCAGUCCUCACACUCAAGUGAUCAGGCUGAAACGGAGCAAAUGAUCCUCCACAUCAUGGACCAAUGAACAGCUGGUAAUCGUGGGCCAGAAGCCUAUCCUCAUUUCAAGAAAACAGUUCUAUUAAAACGUUGAUGUUGUAAGCAGUUGAUGGCAUAGUUUAGGGAUUUGUGAGAAACCCCUAGGCUAACGAAAAUCCCCCCCCCCCAAAAAACCUCCUUACCUUUAAAUGUGAUACAGUGCAAAAUCAGCCUUCGUUAAUGUUAAAUUCAAUUGUGAGCAUUAAUAGCACUUCAAGUUCACAUUCCUUACAAAGUGACUUCAGUUCUAUUUCAGGUAUAAUUUUAUUGUUACUUAUUGUAGCAAUCGAUCCUGUGCAUUUCAGGAAAAAAAAUCAAAGAUGGCGGUACCAGCUACAGUAUAAUCUUUUGCCUUGUUUUUGCCUUUCUUUACCAGAGGACUGAAUUUUUUUUUUUAAUGUGAUUGAACUUGCAUCCUGUGUGAAUUUCAAACCAUGUUUUAGUACUGAUCUGACUGUGGUUGAAGUGAAUAUUUAAAAAAAAACAAAAAAAAAAACAUCGUUUGCUCUGCUCUGAGUGGUCGACUUUAGUGAAGAGUGCAUAAAACGGUUAAAUUUACCUUUUAACUGUGACUAUAAAAUGGUUGUUUUCAUUCCUUGCUUCCCACAAUUCCCUCUUCAUCUGGACCAAAUCAUUUCAACAUACUUAACUUUUUCAGUGACAAGCUGAAGAGAAAGAAACAAACAUAUUUUUUCUUCUUUUUUUUUUCUUUUUUUUUUGGGAUCUCACUGGUCUGAGGUUGAGUUUGAGUGCAUAACAGAUCUCUAAUAUGUGAUAUUAUGGUGCCAUAAUGAGAGGAAGUGAUCCCCUCUAAAAAAGCACUUGGUGACAUUUAGCUGAAACAUUUGGACUAUUUGACAGCAGACAUUAUGCAAGUUCACUGUUUUUAUCUUGGAAUAAAAUUCUUUCUUUUUAAAGCUUUAUGGUCAGUUGACAAAAAGGAAAAAAAAAAUCUAAUUGAUCAUGAAUUGAAAAGGGCAUCAUGUAUCCACUGCACUAUUCAUGUUUUGUUUUUCCAGAGUAUAUAGUAAUGCACAGACAGUCUUCAUAAUAAAAAGAAAUAAACAAG